AGUGUGCGCGCUGUAACGCGGCUUGGAUGCGUGUCCGGUUGGAACGACGCGUCCGGCGGUGACCAAGGGGAAAAAAAAGACCAAAAAAAGAGGAAACGGGAUCGGGGACUUUUAAUUUGUUGUUUUUAAAGAAAGCUUGGAUUUUUUUUGGGAAACCCAGGUGGUCGUUUUUUUUUAUCGAAAGAAGCAAAAUGGGACGAGGAGAAGGACGAGAACAAUAUGAGCUGGCAGCCACCUCAGAGCAGGGGGCAAGAGGCCAAAGCCCAAGGGCAAGAAAGAGAAGGAUAUGGAUGAACUCAAAAAAGAGGUGGACUUGGAUGAUCACAGACUGUCCCUGGAUGACCUCACCAGGAAAUACAGCACCGAUUUAACUAGGGGAUUGUCAGGCACUCGUGCUAACGAGAUCUUGGCGCGUGAUGGACCCAAUGCUUUGACUCCACCUCCAACUACCCCAGAAUGGGUCAAGUUCUGCAAGCAGCUCUUUGGAGGAUUCUCAACUCUCCUGUGGAUUGGAGCCAUCCUUUGUUUUCUUGCCUACGGCAUUCUGGCGGCCUCUGAAGAGGAACCUGGCAAUGAUAAUUUGUAUCUGGGUAUCGUACUCUCUGCUGUCGUGAUGAUCACUGGAUGUUUCUCGUACUAUCAAGAGGCCAAGAGCUCCAAGAUCAUGGACUCUUUCAAGAACCUUGUCCCUCAGCAAGCCUUGGUUAUCCGUGAUGGUGAGAAGAAUAAUAUCAAUGCUGAAGAAGUUGUGGUUGGAGAUCUUGUGGAAGUCAAAGGUGGUGAUAGAAUUCCUGCUGAUCUGCGUAUCAUUUCUGCUCAUGGAUGCAAGGUGGACAACUCCUCCCUCACUGGAGAAUCUGAGCCCCAGACUCGUACUCCUGACUUCUCUAAUGACAACCCACUGGAGACCAGGAACAUUGCGUUUUUCUCUACCAACUGUGUUGAAGGCACUGCCAGGGGUAUCGUCAUCAACACUGGUGACCGCACUGUCAUGGGUCGUAUUGCCACUCUUGCUUCUGGUCUUGAAGUUGGUCGCACCCCCAUCUCUAUUGAGAUUGAGCACUUUAUCCACAUUAUCACUGGUGUAGCCGUCUUCCUGGGUGUCUCCUUCUUUAUCCUCUCCCUGAUCCUUGGCUACACUUGGUUGGAAGCUGUCAUCUUCCUUAUUGGUAUUAUUGUUGCUAAUGUGCCAGAGGGUCUCCUUGCUACCGUAACAGUGUGUUUGACUCUGACUGCCAAACGUAUGGCAAAGAAGAACUGCCUGGUGAAGAAUCUGGAAGCCGUGGAGACUCUUGGCUCGACCUCCACCAUCUGCUCUGACAAGACUGGUACUUUGACCCAAAACCGAAUGACUGUCGCUCACAUGUGGUUUGACAACCAGAUUCAUGAAGCGGACACCACAGAGAACCAGAGUGGAACCUCUUUUGACAGGAGCUCUGCUACUUGGGCCGCCCUUGCACGUGUCGCCGGUCUCUGCAACCGUGCCGUCUUCCUUGCUGAUCAAGAAAGCAUCCCAAUUCUUAAGAGAGACGUGGCUGGUGACGCCUCAGAAUCUGCCCUGCUGAAGUGUAUUGAGCUCUGCUGUGGAUCGGUGAAAGAGAUGAGAGAGAAAUACAACAAGAUUGCUGAGAUUCCAUUCAACUCCACCAACAAGUAUCAGCUCUCCAUCCAUAAGAACCCCAACAGCAAUACAACAGAAUCCACUCACCUGCUAGUAAUGAAAGGCGCUCCUGAAAGGAUCUUGGACAGGUGCAGCUCUAUUUUGAUCCAAGGAAAAGAGCAGCCGCUUGAUGAUGAGUUGAAGGAUGCCUUCCAGAAUGCCUACUUGGAACUUGGGGGCCUUGGAGAAAGAGUAUUGGGAUUCUGUCACUUCAACCUUCCUGAUGAACAGUUUCCUGAGGACUUCCAGUUCGAUACAGAUGAGGUGAACUUCCCCACUGAGAACUUAUGCUUCAUUGGCCUUAUGUCCAUGAUCGAUCCUCCUCGUGCUGCUGUACCAGAUGCCGUGGGCAAAUGUAGGAGUGCUGGAAUCAAGGUUAUCAUGGUUACUGGUGAUCAUCCAAUCACAGCCAAGGCCAUUGCCAAAGGAGUGGGUAUCAUCUCUGAGGGCAACGAGACUGUUGAAGACAUUGCUGCCCGCUUGAACAUUCCUAUUAAUGAGGUCAAUCCAAGGGAUGCCAAGGCUUGCGUGAUCCAUGGUGGUGACCUGAAGGAUCUGACCCCAGAGCAAUUAGAUGAUGUCUUGAAACACCACACAGAAAUUGUGUUUGCCAGAACGUCUCCUCAGCAGAAGCUGAUUAUCGUUGAAGGCUGCCAAAGACAGGGUGCCAUUGUAGCCGUAACCGGUGAUGGUGUCAAUGAUUCUCCUGCUCUGAAGAAGGCUGAUAUCGGUGUGGCUAUGGGUAUCGCUGGGUCUGACGUAUCUAAACAGGCUGCUGACAUGAUCCUUCUGGACGACAACUUUGCCUCAAUUGUCACUGGAGUAGAAGAAGGCCGUCUGAUCUUUGACAACUUGAAGAAGUCAAUUGCCUAUACACUGACCAGCAACAUCCCUGAGAUUACCCCCUUCCUCCUCUUCAUCAUUGCCAACAUCCCUCUUCCUUUGGGAACAGUCACCAUUCUUUGCAUUGACUUGGGUACUGACAUGGUUCCUGCCAUCUCAUUGGCCUAUGAAGCUGCUGAGAGUGACAUCAUGAAGCGUCAACCUAGAAACCCCAAAACGGACAAACUUGUGAACGAGAGGCUGAUUAGCAUAGCCUAUGGUCAAAUAGGUAUGAUUCAAGCUCUGGCUGGGUUCUUCACAUAUUUUGUCAUCUUGGCUGAAAAUGGCUUCCUGCCGUCGUCAUUGCUGGGCAUACGAGUGUUAUGGGAUGAUAAACACGUCAAUGACCUGGAGGACAGUUACGGCCAGCAAUGGACAUACGAGCAAAGGAAGAUUGUGGAGUUCACAUGUCACACGGCCUUCUUCACCAGUAUUGUGAUUGUACAAUGGGCCGAUUUGAUCAUCUGCAAGACCAGAAGAAACUCUGUCUUCCAGCAAGGAAUGAAGAAUAAGAUUCUCAUCUUUGGACUGUUUGAAGAAACCGCUCUUGCAGCUUUCCUGUCCUACUGCCCAGGCAUGGAUGUUGCCCUCAGAAUGUACCCACUAAAACCAAACUGGUGGUUCUGCGCCUUCCCCUACUCACUCCUCAUCUUUAUUUAUGAUGAAAUCCGAAAACUUAUCAUUCGACGCAGCCCAGGGGGUUGGGUGGAGAGGGAGACCUACUAUUAAAGCAUCCAGUCUGCAUCACAAGUUUAUUUGCAUGGUUGUCUCGCUGCUCGGAAUUUUAACCUCAGUAAUUUGGAUGUUUUUAUAUAGGGAAUGCUUGAUACAAACACCGAGAUCGUGAACCAAGACAUUGCGUGCCUUGUUUCUGAAGCCGGACCAAUUUUAUACAUGUUUUUAAAAGUGUAAUAUAAAAAUAAACUUGCAGUCAGGUCCCA